AGCUGAUGCAGGAGUGAAGGCGAUGCAGUGAUGUCGUAUCGUUUGAAACUGUUUCUUUGGUUUGGUUUAUCUAAGGGUGGGACAAAGAUGCAUUGUGUGGCUCGCUGAUUAAACUCCACUUUCCCGAGGCUUUCUUUCAUCAUAACGCUGCAUUAGCUCAUGCUGUAGAGGAGGCCGAAGGGCCAAACUCAGCAUGUGUUGAUUUAAUGACCGUGCAGGAGUGUAUUUCACUUCAGCUUUUGAACAGCGAAGAUUUUGAGCCCCGUUGCGAUUGAGUCGUUGACUUAGCGUUGGCGUUGAGGGAUACUUUUUACAAACGUGCCACAGUGAGUUACGAAAGUUGCAUUUGGGCCUAGUGGGCAUUUAUUGGGUUAAUGCUGGAGGGAAAAUCUUUUCCUGUCUUGAGGGUGGGUGGAGGAACGCUGAUGCUUGGAAGCUCAUGAACCCACGAGUCAAACAGUAAUGAAAACAGUUGUGGCCUGAUGUCAGAGCUACGGAAAAGACACGAGUUAGGAGAGGGAUUUAAAGAUACGACACAAAGUAACUGCAUUUCCUUCUUUGCUUUUACCUUCCCAGUCUCUUGCUGUGGCUGUCUCUACGCUGACCACCCUGUCCUGUCAGGAAUGUCUGUCACCUCAGGGAACAAAGUGCUGCAGCCUUCUCUGCAAAGCAGGAAGUUGGCACAUGACCAAGAGGUGGAAAAUCUAUACUCGGUUGCAUAAUAUAGCCUAUCUUUACCUCACAUGAACUCUGAGAGGUCCUGGCAGCUGUAAGCAAGCAGCGCUGCAGGGCGGGAGCGUGUGUGUGUGUGUGUGUUUGGUAUGAGUGUGAGCGCUGUGCUUCUUGCAGCCUGUACAUGCAGGAUCUGGCCUGGGUUAGGGUUAAAAUGACCCCACUGAAGAAAAGCUGGAGGAUCAAAGUGGAGAUGAAUUUCAUCCCUUCAUCGAGGCCCUCCUUCCCCAUGUCCGUGCCUUCUCCUACACCUGGUUCAACCUGCAGGCCCGCAAGCGUAAAUACUUCAAGAAGCACGAGAAGAGGAUGAGCAAGGACGAGGAGCGCGCGGUGAAGGACGAGCUGCUGGGGGAGAAGCCGGAGAUCAAGCAGAAGUGGGCCUCGCGUCUGCUGGCCAAGCUCCGCAAGGACAUCCGGCCGGAGUUCCGCGAGGACUUUGUGCUCACCAUCACGGGGAAGAAGCCCCCGUGCUGCGUGCUGUCCAACCCCGACCAGAAGGGCAAGAUCCGCCGCAUCGACUGCCUCCGCCAGGCGGACAAGGUGUGGCGGCUGGACCUGGUGAUGGUCAUCCUGUUCAAGGGAAGCCCCCUGGAGAGCACGGAUGGCGAGCGGCUGGUCAAGUCGCCCCAGUGCUCCAACCACGGCCUGUGCGUCCAACCGCACCACAUCGGGGUGACGGUCAAGGAGCUGGACCUCUACCUUGCCUACUUCGUCCACUCACCAGAGCAAUCAGGACAAUCGGACAACUCAAACCAGCAAGGAGACACAGACGUCAAACCCCCGCCUAAUGGACACCUGAGCUUCCAGGAGUGCUUCGUGACCUCGGGGGUGUGGAACGUAGCCGAGCUGGUCCGCGUGUCACAGACUCCGGUUGCCACGGCAACAGGCCCAAACUUCUCCCUGGCGGACCUGGACAGCCCUGGCUAUUACAACAUCAACCAGGUGACCCUGGGGCGGCGUUCCAUCACCUCCACCAGGACUGAAAUGGAGCUUUAUGCAAGUCUCCCACGGAGCUCCAACAAGCGUAAGUCCAUCGACGACAGCGAGAUGGAGAGCCCAGUGGACGAUGUCUUCUACUCGGGCCGAUCCCCCGCGGCAGGCAGCAGCUCUCAGUCCAGCGGGUGGCCCAACGACGUGGACGCAGUGCAGCACCAUUUGGCCAGUGUGCAGGAGAGGAAGAUUAAGCAUGAGAGCGAUGGAGUGCAGUUUCCUUACCAUGGACUCUCGUCGCCUGGUUCUCAUAAGAAGCUGGGGAAAUUCGAUUUCAGCGCCCUGUCCUCCCAGACGAGGUCCCCCCGCAUGGCGUUCACCCACCACCCACUGCCCAUGCUGGCGGGAGUGAGACCAGGGAGUCCCCGGGCUUCGGCCUCAGCUCUGCCCUUCCCGUCUCCUUCCAUCAUCCAGCAGUCUAGCCCCUACUUCACCCACCCAACCAUCCGCUACCACCACCAUCCUGGGCAGGAUCCCCUGAAGGAAUUUGUGCAGUUUGUCUGUGCUGACGGCUCGGGGCAGGCCACCGGACAGCCAAACGGGAGCGGCCAGAGCAAAAUGCCAGGCUCCUUCUUACUGCCUCCACCUCCCCCAGUGGCCCGCCCAGUGCCCCUCCCCAUGCCCGACUCUAAACCCAACAGCACGCCCCCUGACGGCGGACUCUCCUCGCCCGCAUCUCCGUCAUACUCCACGCCAGGCGCCACAGCUGCCAACAGGUUUGUCGGCAUCGGAUCACGGGACAACUUUCUGAACAUCCCGCAGCAGACGCAGUCUUGGUUCCUCUGACGAGAUCUGUGUCCAACCCAGCAGAGUUCUUCUUUGUAAUCCCAGAUGAGAGAAAAAGACCCGAGAGACAACCCACGGGAUGAUCAUCGUCCUCCAAACCCUAACCGCCUCCUCACCUGAAACACAUCAUAUCCACAGCCGCUCUCUCUGGACAUGUUCACGCGGGAGGGGGACCCGACAGGACUGAGACACACUUGGACGGGUGGACGAGGAGGUAAGGGGACAGCAGGCCUCCUUGCACCCCGACCAGCAGCGGCGCACCAAGAGGACGUAAACCCCGCCUCCUGCUCAGAUAAAUCACCUGUCCAGCAAACGUGGAUUUGAACAUCUGACCGAGCGAUUAGUGAAAAGGAUCAUCCCACCCCACCAAGGACCAGGAGACCACGCCAAACAUUUGUUGAUUUAAGGUUGCACUACAAGCUGAGUCGGUUAACACUAAUCCCAACGAUGUGCACUAAAACACACUUUCACGCCGGCCAAUCACGGCUCUCACUUCUGCCUCGCCUCUCCGUAGAAAGUCCUCCCAGUCGCUCCCGGCUGCAGCACGCAUGGACACACACACACACACACACACAGCUUACUGGUCUAUACGGUCGUUUAUUUAAGCUUUAGUUACGACGUUCGAGGUUCCGCGUGUUCCACCACCUUCGGCAGCAGCAGCUGUGGGUUCCUGUUCUGGUUGUUCCUUACAGCGGCUGGUGCACGACAACAAGAGCUUCUUUAGAGGACUGAUGUCACUCACACGUUGGGCUAAACCCGCCGCUAAAGGUCGAGCAACCUUUUAAAUCCGGUGAUUAAAACAUAAACAUCUCGUCGGUGUUCACCAGGCGUCGCCGUCACCCCUCAGCUAAUGUUUCUGCUGCCUUUGCUUUCCACGUGCGUCUGAAAAUGGCCGCAUUGUUGAAGAAAGCACCGAAAUGUCUGGGUUCUAGGUCAAAGGUCGGCUCGGCUUGGGCAGCCUGGCGACACCUCGUCUGGAUCAGAACUUUUAUUUCUGUUCGACUUACGGCUGAGAACUAAAUAAAAUAGAUGUCGCUGGUGAGCGUGGCGGGUUUACCCGUCUCGCGCUUGUUGGACGUUUACCGACGUGUCCGCACCGGCGUGGAUUUUAAACGUCUUCUAUCCACAUCAGUGGCAUGCGUCCUGACUCUGUCCUCCAACACGGAGAUGCAGACGCUUCAUCCAUGAUCCAAACCACCGCCUGUUAGUCGUUCCCAUCAGGAUCCCACGGUUGCUACGGAAACACGAAGAUGGUGCCAAAGUAGAGAUUAUCACGGAUUCAGUAGUUGGGUCGUGUUCAAACUCAUUGUCAGAAAUGGACUGAGUCGCUCCUGGUGACCAAGGCUGAUAUCUAAACCUGUAGCAUCCAGGCAGCCGACACUGGGAACGGCCAAUGAUGGCCACAUCCCAUAAUAUUUAAUCAUUGUGUGACUGAGAAGUGCAACAACUAGCUGGUCUCAGCGGUCCUGUCCUUUGGAUAGAGUGGUUUAAACCGACCAAACCAAGUGUUGUUAUGUUGACGUCACUGCCACCUGCUGGCAGGACAUGAAAACUACAUCUUCGUUUUAGCCUCUGGCCUGGACCAGGAGGAAUUUGUGAUGUGUUCCCAGAUUGGACCCAGACAUGAUGAAAUGUCGCUUUUAGGCCAGAUUUAGCCCACUUUUAAUCGCAAUGUCAUUUUUAUUUUAGACGUAUUUAACUCCCAAAACACUUGUUGCUAAGAGACAACACAACUGAUGACAAUCCUGAGCCAAUGCCGGUUUUAGAACUUCCCUUAACCCGGGAUUUCUCCGACUGUUCCAAACAUUAGUGACAACGUUCUCAAAAACUCCUGAAAUGUUGGUGAGAAUUCCCGAGCUCUCCUGAAAUCCCUGAGACCAACAACCCUCCUGGUCCUGGUGGACUUCUGCAACUCCUCAGCUUCUGAGAGCCAGAAAAGGCUGCAAAUUAAAAAAAAACAAGAUCAAUUACAAAUUCUCAUGAAAGCAAGAUGAAUAUUUGUAUUUAUGUGUAGUUCUGCUAAAAACGCCCACUGUGUGGUUCCUGCAGAACAUGAGCAGCUGGUUUCCAGCGGCAACAGCCCCGUGAGAACGACCUUGUACGUUCGUUCUAACCGCCUGAUUGGCUCUUUUCCUGUAACCAGCCGCCAGCCGCAGGUUCAACUCGACACGUUGAGUGGUAUUCGUUUUCUAGUCCGUCAAAUGAAGCUUUUCUUGUGUCCACUUGUGAAUUUUCCAUAAACGUUUUUUCUGAGCCAGGAAGCCCAGUGGCAGGCUUGACAAUCACCGAAGGUUUGUUUUUGGGAGACAGAGCUGUGUGAUGAGCCGCGCAGAGGAAAGCGAUGCACCGAGACGCGCCGGUGGCUGCCGGUGGUGAGACAUCACAAAACAUGGAGAAAGUUUCCUAAAGAAGAGAGGCGGGUCGGAGGAGAGAGCUGCUCUCCUCUCGUUUCCUGUAAGCUCGGCUCGUUGUUUACACUCCCAGAUAGGAUCCUGCUCCAAGAGCAGAGACGCCACACUGAGGAGCAAAAAGAAAAUGUAACAUAUCAUCUGAUUUAGAGAGGCCUCCAAGGCCCACCAUAGAAGAAGAAAACACACACACACACACACACACACACACAGGCACCAGCACUCCCCCUUGCUGUUGUGAAUGGAAGAGCCCUGACGAAUCAAACAACUGCACUAAAACAAUCACGCCAGCCGACCUUAAGACUUCUGUUUGUAGUACGUAGACGGACAUCUCCGGGAUAGAGAACACACCUCCGGAGAACAGAUCGCACCUUCAGUCAGACUCGACAGCUUAUUAGAUACAAAACACACACACACACACACAUGCUGAAUUCAAAGGGAAGUAAAACAUAAUUGACAAUCUUAGGGAGGCCUUUAUGCUUUCAGUCGUGUUCUGUAGAGUUGGUACAAACGUCCCGUUUCAGUCACCUGUUCCAACCUCUCAUCCGACCUAAAAGUUAAAAAAUAACUGGACUGCCAGGCGGCGUUCCUCGCUGCAGGAGACACAGCGACGACGCGACUGCCGAUUAGCUUCACAGAGACGACUCGACCCAUGACACAAGGCUACUGAUGGCUAUGGUGAUUUAUUGUCUAAUCUAUGGAAGUGCCUCUAUAUUCCCAUUAUGCAAUUUGUCAGACAUGAAUUCAGGUUCUUUUUUUCACAUAUAAGCUAUAGUGAACGGUGAAAAUCUAUGUCCGGAAGCGGAAAAGGUGACAGCUCACUAGAUAAUCACAAGCAUCUUUAUACAAAAUACACAUAUAUAUAUAUUUAUAGAUAUAUUCUUUGUCUUCAUUUGCAAGAUAAGCUCUGUGGCAGUCUAGUUAUUUUUUCGAAGCACGGCAAAGAUCACGCAGUCGUAUGAAAGUCACCGAUCUGAGCUGAAGUACCGGAGAGUCCGCCCGCACGAAGGAAGUGAGAUCCAUCGCAAACCGCAGCAGAGAUGUAGACGACGAGGAAUAAUACAGUAGAUUUAACAGAGGAGGGUUUUUCUUGUUUUGAUGGGAAGACGUGUUCUUGAACCUAAAUGACGUAUGUUGAUUGAGCCAUGUGCAAUGCCUUGGUAGAGGAAUUAGAGAUUGUUAGAGGGUGUCAUGCAAAGAGAGGGAAACCCUCUCGAGAUUUUCUUUGUCUUUGUAGUCCACGUGCUCCGGGACUCUAAAUACGAGAGCAGCAGCGAGAAACAGAAAGAAAAGUUUUUUUGUUUCUUCGUUUUUGAUUUUUUAGAAAAAACUUGAUUUGUUUCCUAAAACCAGAGCGGGAGGGAUAUUGGGGCAACUUUUGCAACUCAUAAAAAUUAUAUCAACAUGAAAACUGGUGCUUUCAUAAGAAAAAAUGAUAAAGUACAUUCAGUCUCUAUUACACAUAAAUAAUAACAAACAAAAGUAAGUGUUAUCGUAGAGGCAAGUUUUUGAAAUACGUGCAUUAUUCUAUUUCUCUUUUUGUAUUUACCGGGGAGAGGGGAGGGGGGUUCGUAGUAGGAAAAACGGUUGUUGUAACAAAAGGCAUUUUUCCUCCCCUACACCGUUCCAUCACGACACAAAACACAAACUAAAAAAACAAUCUUGUAAAAUUUUGUAAAAAGCCCAUUUGUUUCCAGCGGACGUUUUUGGUGUCGUAUCGAACGUGAUCCCAACGCGGAACAGAGACAAGAUCUUCCCCGCUUCCGGGAGAUGCACAAGUACCGAUUCCUGUUCCUAAACCACCGCGGAAAAGGCGGGGAAAGUGGACGGUGAUGUUUGAGCUCGUCCUGUUGACGGUUCAUUAGUAGUGUUCUCCGUCAGUCAGAGGGACUUUGUAAGCCCACCAGCUGUAAAUGAUUAUAAAUAUUUGUUUGGUGAUGUAGUGUUUUAGACCAGAGCAUCUUUAAAGGUUGUCCCUAAAAAGUGCCUUUUGUUCACAGACUCCAUCCUGUAAUCCCGAGCGCCCGUCUCAAAAGAAAAAAGUCCCCUCCCUCAUAUUUCUCUUUCUCUUCUUCAUCAAGCUUCAGUAUACGUAGUACUAAAGGAAGUCGGUGUGAUUUAGUUGCUGUUUUUAUUGUUCAAUACUUAAAAAAAGCUGUAAAAGUUUAAAAAACAGAAAAAAAUGACCUCUUUUGUGUCUUCCUCUGUGUCUUGACGUCCGUCUUUCCUGCACACUGGAGUAGUCUGUAGCUGUGUAUCCUCCCCCUCUCCUCACCCGUCCUUCCUUUUUCUCCCUUUUCUCUGAACAGCGGGGUUUUAAAAAAUAGGAAAAAAGAAUACGCAAAGAUGUUUUUAUUUUUGUUUGUUUUGUUUGUCUGAGCAGAAUGCAGUUAGCUCACGUGUUAUCCUUGUCUGUACGCUUCACAUUGUAUUACCAUACCCAUCUUCUCCAGCUUCCCAUGCAGCCGCCGAUGUAAGUGAACAAGUGACGCCACGAGGCUCUGGGCUUGGCUGAGGACAGGGCCGUUCUUUUCUUUCACCCUCCUGGAGCAGACGGUGGGGUGAGCCAGUCUGGGUGGUAGGAUGGGGGCUUGACCGGUUUCAGGCUGGGGGGGGUCCAGUGACAUAGGCACGUGUGUUUGUACUCGUUUCUAUUUAUUUUUUAUAAUUGAAUUGGCUUUUUGGUGAUUUUUGUCCUGUCUUGGCCGUCAGCCGUGCACCUUUCUAGUGGUUGUGCAAGACCAGCUCACAAAAAAGAAAAGGAACAAAAAAAUGACUCAAGCACCUUAAAGGCGGAGCGGUUUCCACAGUUCAGAGAGGCUUAGCACAAUCACUACAAAUACUAUACAUGCUUCUCCUUCACCGCUGCUGACCGAAGUGGGUGGAGUCAGCGUUGGUGACUCGUAACGCAACGGCGUGUUCCACCAGCAGAAUGGGUGACUCCAGGAGAAAUGUGUCUUGCCACCAGGCAUGCAAAGCCAGCAGCAGUAUUAUCAGUCAUAGAGAGAUAAAAGCUAAAAGCCAUAUCAGAGGCAGGCAGGAUGCAGCGUGCGUGUUCCUGAUGAGCUAAACGUCUGCAGAGUUCGCUCCUUUCAGAGAGCCUGUGGCCCAACCGUCCGCCAUUUUGUUUUGUAUUAUUUUACACAUUUAGUUGCUAAUGUGUUUGGUAGGAGGCUGGUUAGCUGAUUAGUAAUGUAGUGACUGAGCCCCCCCCCCCAAAUCCUGCCUUGUUAUCCUCUGGUCCGAGACCACGCACGCCUCGCCCAUCCUGCCCUCGGAGCGGCGUUCCAUCCUCAGACGCGUCUCCCAGAGCCCGUGGUGAAAUGCAUGUUAAUUACAGUUUCUUUUCCAUAAUAAUAAAAGCAGUUUGAAAAGAGCGAUGCCUUUACUUGAUUGAAUAAAAGGAAGUUCUUGACUGUA